AUGUCUGAACUAGCAUUCACAAAGUCCUUUAUCUCUGCGCUUGACUCCCGUCCCAUUAAACUGCGGGCUGACUAUGUCCACGACCAAGGAAACACUCCUCGGGUUCCUUACACCCUGCCCCGCUUGCAACCCCCGCGUCCCUCCAUGCCGAAGAAGACGACGGCAUCGAAGACGACAAACCCCGGCUCCUCAAAAUCUAUCACCGUCACACUUAGAUCAGCGCGCAAUCCCUUGCUCGAAAUAACUCUGUCUAACGUCCCACUGGCCACAACAACCGUGUCGGACUUGAAGGACGCCGUCCGCGAACGUGUUCUCGAAAACACCACAGAAGCUGACAACAAAGUGCCUCUGGAGAAGAUCAAGAUCCUCUUCAAGAAGAAGCCCGUAACGGGUACUGGGAAGACUGUUGCGGAUGUUGUGAGUGAUGCCGGAGAAGAGGAGUUACUGGCCGGUGGUAAGGAGGUAGAGUUUGGGGUUAUGAUUAUAGGAGGGGCAAGGGUUAUUGAGGGCCAAAACCAAGCACAGGGAGAGGCGCCUGAGACGGUAUCUCAGGAGACGAGUGGGGCCGAAGAGACGAUUGCGAAGGCUGCGGUUGGACCGAGUGGUGAGACCUUGUUGGAGACGGGGGCGUUCUGGGAUGACUUGCAGGGAUAUCUGGCCCAGAGGCUUAAGGAUGAGGAUGUGGCCAGAAAGUUAAGGGGGUUGUUUAAGGAUGCUUGGGCUGCGAGUCGGUGA